GAAAGAAGAAGUACAGGAGAAACAAAGCAUUUCUCCGGAACAGAGGAGGGGCUAGUGGGGGUGGGGGCAUACGCAGACAGAAGACGAAGAGGUGGUGGGGUCGAAGAUGAAGCUCACCGGAAACUGCGCCGCCGCAGAGUUCAGAACUAUUGGUGGCAAUGGUGGCGGCAGCGGAGCGGUGGUGGUUGUGGGGGUGAAAAUGGAUUCACGAAGCAAAGAGCUUCUCACUUGGACUUUGGUGAAGGUUGCCCAAACCGGUGACCGGAUAAUCGCUCUCCACGUUCUGGAUUCCGACACUGAUAAAUCGGAGAUGCUAAGAUUGGUGAAGACCUUUGAUUCGGUGCUGGCCGCUUAUGAAGGCUUCUGUAACUUGAAGCAGGUUGACCUGAAACUGAGGGUGUGCAGAGGGUCUCCAACUCGUAAAAUUCUUGCACGAGAAGUGGAGGCUUGCAGAGCAUCAAUUUUGAUUCUUGGUACUUCAGGGAUCCACCGUGCUGCCCAUUCAUCUGUUUCUGUUGCUAAGUAUUGUGCCAGGAAUGUUAACAAGAACAUCUCAGUUCUUGCAGUAGAUAAUGGCAAGGUAACAUUUCGGAGUGAAACAAAUCUUUCGGUUAGUCAUGAAUCUUGUACUCCUGGCAUGUCCCAAUCAAGAUUUAGGAAGAGGAAGACAUUACCCAAAUGUCAUUUGGGUAAUUCUAUGGCUCUUGUGCCAGUAAAGAUUGUGAACGUGUCUGAAUCGAGGCCAGCAUGGACAUUCCUUAGAAGAGUCUUUUUCCAGAACCAUAAAGAAUCUGGAAAUCCUUCCCCAAACAAGUUUUCUGUUGUGCAAUGGGUUCUAAGGCUAAGAGGUCACUCUGAUGAAAGACAAUUUAUGCUGAAUGAAAUUAGUGAAGCAGCCGUGCCUGCCCCGGUUCAUACAUCAUCUUUAGUUCACCAAGAACUGGCAGGUCUUUCGGCAAAAUAUUCUUCCACUUGCAGAUUGUUUGGAUACCAAGAGCUCUUAUCGGCUACUUCAAAUUUCAAGCCUGAGAAUUUAAUUGGAAAGGGUGGGAGCAGUACUGUUUACAAAGGGAGCCUUCUUGAUGGAACGGAACUUGCAGUGAAAAUCUUGAAGCCCUCUGACGCUUUGGAAAAACAGUUCUUCUCAGAAAUAGAGAUUCUUACUACUUUACACCAUGAGAACAUAAUUUCACUUUUUGGGUUUUGCUUUGAAGAAAACAAUUUUCUGUUGGUUUAUGAUCUGUUAUCCAGAGGAAGCCUUGAAGACAAUCUCCAUGGUACACAGAAUGUUGGGGAUUUCUUUGGUUGGCAAGAUAGGUUCAAGGUUGCCUUAGGAGUUGCUAAGGCAUUGGACCAUUUACACAAUUCAACCAAUGUACCUGUGAUACACCGGGAUGUGAAAUCCUCAAAUAUUCUUCUUUCAAAUGAUUAUGAGCCAAAGCUUUCUGAUUUUGGUCUUGCAACGUCUGCCUCUUGCUCAUCAAGCAAAUUGGAUGGUAUUGAUGUUGCUGGAACAUUUGGAUAUCUGGCUCCAGAAUAUUUCAUGCAUGGAAAAUUAGAUGAAAAAAUUGAUGUAUAUGCAUUAGGCAUUGUCUUGCUUGAACUUCUGUCUGGUAGAAAACCAAUUGGCAAUGCACAUGCUAUGGGCCAAGGAAGCCUGGUCCUCUGGGCAAAACAAAUUCUGAAGAAUGGGAAAGAUGUAGAAUUGCUAGAUGUGAGGUUGCUAAAUGCAUAUGAUCAUGAUGAGUUCAAUAGAAUGGUUUUAGCUGCAACAAUUUGCAUCGGAAGGGAACCUAAAUGUCGUCCCAACAUUGACACUCAGGUUGUAAAACUUCUCCAAGGUGAGCAUGAAGCAAUUCAAUGGGCAAGGCAGCUUUUGAACAGUGCAGAGGAAGUGGAUGAAGUUGGCGAUGAGCAACCUGCAACAGCAAGAAUCCAAUCUUUUAUCAAUCUUGCGUUGUUAGAUACUGAGGAUGACUCCCUUUCAAUCAGUAGCAACUCGAUAUCUGUGGAUGAUUAUUUGCAGGGAAGAUGGAGCCGCUCCUCAAGCUUCGAUUAGACAUUCUUAUUAAACAUAAAACAUUCUUUGUAGAUGAUGCACAUGAAUUUGGUUUUCUCCAUUUUGGUUGCCAUGUCAGCCGUUUGGUCUUGGAUGAGAGGUAAGCAAGCUAAUGACCUCCUCCUGGCUAAAUCUCGCUUUGGAGUCCUCUUUUUUAUGGACACUUUUCUACUUUUUUUUCGAACCCAGAUUCUGUGAAGUGUAAAGCUUGUUUCAAUGAGCAUGAUAAACCAAUGCCCUGUGGCUGUGAUAUAGUGAAGACUAUAUGUGAUUGGUGUAAUGUAUCUAGUUCAAGAGGUUGGUUUUUAGCUACCCGGAAAAGAGUGGUUUAUUUUUCUUAUGGAGUGCUCCCAUCCUAUAGUGUUCAUGUACUUUUUACAUUGUUUUUAUGGAGUUCAAUUAUGUAGUGUGAUGUAUUUCAAAAAGGUUGUCAAAUUGUAAGUUUUAAUUGAAUCAAUGACCUGAAUAAAAAACUGAAUUGUGAAUAGGAUCAUGAAUCAUAAGAUUUUAUAAAAC